AUGGCAACUGUGGCCAACAGGCAGAGUAAUAAUAUGGUGAAAUUCAAGGACUAUGUCCUUUGCUGCAUCAAGAAGAAAAAACUUCCGGAAAGACAUGUCUCACGGGAGAACUUGGAAGAAACAGCAGAGAAUUACCAAUCAGCCAUGGUAGUCGCUGCAGAAGAUGAUUUUGAAGUUGCUCCAUUGCCAAACCACAAAUUGAUUCAGUCGGGCCCCUUGUUGUUGCCCCAGACUGAAGGAUACCAGCUUCAAGAUUACACAGCCAAUAAUAACAUCUUAGCUGCAGCAUCCAUGUCACAAUCUGAAGAAGCUGUGGCCACACAAUCUAGUGGAGUUUAUGACUGGAACAUGCUUAAACAGUCAUCAUCAUCAGAAACUGAAGAAGCAGUAGCCAGACAAUCCGGUGGAAUUAACAACUUCAACAUGCUGCUUACGGAAUCUUCAUCCAUGGUAGAAGUUGCCACCAUGCAAUCCGGUUGGAUUAAUCAUCACUUGUCAUUAGAACCACUAUUUGCUUGGCCUGAAUGUGACAAGGUGGAUUCAUCAGUUGUCACCUUGCCACAUGGUGAAUCGAUCGGACACAACCACUCACUGACCCAAUUCGAAGGAUAUGAUCAUCAGUGUCAAGAAUAUGCGAGCAGUGGCAACAAGAUAGUAUCUGCAGCAUCCAUAGCAGAAUCUACAGAACAAGUCCCCAUACAAUCCGGUUGGAUUGAUGACUUGAACAUGCUUAAGGAAAUGGCAUCAGUACCACCUUUUACUUGUCAUCCUGAAUAUCACACUUUGGAUACAACUGUGGCAUUAUCACCUUUGCCACCAUUAUCACCCUUACUUGUGGGAGGAGAAUCAGGGACGACAUUGCACUGUGGAGAAAACGAGUUUGAAUGUCAAGAACAAUGGAGUCGAGCUUCGAAAGCAUCCAUGGCUGCUGAUGCAGGAAGUAUCAAUUGUAGUGAUUGGGGACAGAGUUAUGCAGAGAUGCUGAAAGGUUUUCAGCAAGACCCACCCUCUUGA